AUGGAUUCUACUCCUUCCAUCUCUGCUCCACAACUGUUCAAUCUCACUGGCCAGAACGUUCUUAUCACCGGGGCUUCGAGAGGCAUCGGGGCCGCUUGUGCCAAGGCCCUGGCCGAGGCAGGCGCCUCCGUCUGUCUUGUACUCCGUGCUCCAGCAGAAGGCGCUCAACCUAACCUCGACACCGUCGGCGCCAUUCGGGCCAUGGGUGUCCGAGCCGAAUACGUUUACUGCGACCUGAGCGAUCUGAAUGCCGUAAAGGGCCUCUUUCAGAAAGCCUUGGACGCCAUGGGGGGCCAAAUCCACGUUCUGGUCAACUGCGCCGGUAUACAACGGAGAUCACCGAGCGUUGAUUUCUCGGAAAGGGACUGGGACGAUGUCUUGGACGUGAACCUAAAAUCGGUAUGGCUGCUCUCGCAAGCAGCCGGCCGGCACAUGGUCCCCCUUCGGCGCGGGAAAAUCAUCAACUUCGCCUCGCUUCUUACCUUCCAAGGUGGGCUGACCGUCCCUGCGUACGCGGCCGCCAAAGGCGCCGUCGGACAACUUACCAAGGCGCUCAGCAACGAAUGGAGUCAACACAACGUGCAGGUUAACGGCAUCUGCCCUGGAUAUAUCGCCACAGACAUGAACGAGAAGCUGCUCGCAGACCCGGUCCGUCUGCGUCAGAUAUCAGAGCGCAUUCCCGCGGGGCGAUGGGGACAGCCAAAUGACUUUGCAGGCCCGGUCGUGUUUUUGGCGAGCAGCGCGAGUCAAUACGUCUGCGGUGAGCUGCUCGUCGUUGAUGGCGGUUGGAUGGGCCGGUAG